AUGGCUCCAAUCAAGGUUGGAGUGAUCGGCUACGGCUUUGCAGCGAAGAAUUUCCAUUUGCCUUUCGUGAAUGCACUUCCAGACUACGAAGUCGUUGCAGUCCUGCAAAGGGCUGAAGCUCCAGCAGACGCCGGAUCUGUCGCGAAAGGAACGCACUGCACGGUUGAUUUUCCCGGUGUUAAGCACCACAGAACAGCAGAUGCAUUCUUUGCAAACUCAGAUAUCGAAUUCGUCGUUGUUGCAUCGCAUGCUGAUACUCACGUCUUGUUUGCGGAGCAGGCACUGAAAGCAGGCAAGCACGUGAUAAUCGACAAGCCCUUUGCGAGGUCAACCGAGGAGGCGGAUUCAGUGAUCGCGCUGGCAAAGGAGAAAGGACUGAUCCUGACCUGCUUCCAGAACCGCAGAUACGAUGGCGAUUUUUUGACAGUGCAGGAGAUUCUGAAGAAGGGGACGCUCGGCGAUGUGAAUGAAGCUGAGAUACACUACGACUUUGACCAAGCGCCGUGGCUGAAGUUCAUGAAAGGCAAAGAAUACACCGCUGGCGACGGUCAUACCUUUGGACUUGGUACGCACAGCCUCGAUCAGGCGUACAUGCUCUUCGGCCGACCCGCCUCCGUGACGGCCUUCUUCCGUGUGCAGCGCGGUAUCGAAAGCGAAGUUGAAGACUCCUUCACCAUUAUUCUCCAAUAUGAUGGCAAGCAAAAGGGCCUGCUGGUGACAGUCAAGACAUGCGUCGUCUCGCCGAUGGCACAACAGCUCAAGUUUUGGAUUCGCGGAACAAGAGGAUCAUACAUCAAGCAUCAACAGCGGAGCUCUUGUCCUCAAGAAGAGGACAUCGCACGAGGUGCACAGCCCUUGGAUCCUGACUUCGCUGCGGAACCGGAUGCACUUCGAGGCACUCUCACAACAUACAAGGAGUUCGACAAGAGCAUACAAGCCUUCGAUGAGGCAUCGCAGCGAUACGUUGGGAAGUAUCCAACUGUGCGCGGGCAUUGGAUGCAACUCUACCAGAAUGUAGCUGAUGCGAUCAACGGGAAAGCUAGGUUGGCAAUUGAGGCUGCACAAGUUCGUGAUGUGUUGAGAAUGAUUGAGCUCGGAAGAGAGUCCCACGAGAAGAGCAGAACUAUUGCGUGGAACUAA